AUGGUUGCCCCACGAGAGAACGAAAGUUUCGGCUCGAUUGGCGAACUUGAUACCGAAGUGGUAUCGGAGCUGAGGGAGAGGCUGACCGAAGUGUCUAUAAAAUGCUCUGAACGGUGUUUGUACCAAUCGGCAAAGUGGGCAGCGGAGCUUCUCGAUUCUCUUCCUGAAGAUGACGACCCAUUUCAUGACGCUCCUAUGCAAGAUACACAUAAUGUCCAAUCUUCGUAUCGACUGUUCUCAACUAGUUAUGACGAUCCUGAAGAGGCGGCACUGGAGGCUAAGGAGGCACCAAAAUACCUGCUAGCGAAGGCAUUCUUUGACACCAAAGAAUUCGACAGGUGCACCGCGGUAUUUUUACCUCCAGCGAUCCCAGCUGGCGGUUUAGCAAUCUUUGACAAGCCUAAAAAGCGGACGCCAACAUCCACACCAUCUCGAACCAAGGGGAAAUCAAAAGAAAGCGGUACAACCGCGGCCAGUCCGUUUCCACGACUCAGCCAAAAGUCCCUGUUUCUUGCGCUGUAUGCGCGAUACCUCUCUGGAGAGAAGCGCAAGGAUGAAGAGAGCGAAAUGGUCUUAGGUCCAGCCGAUGGUGGACAGACAGUCAACCGAGAACUCCCAGCACUGGCAAGAGGACUGGAAGCAUACUUCCAAGUCCGAGAUGCGGCUGAUCCACAACUCAAACGAGCUCAAGGAUGGCUCGAAUAUCUGUACGGCACUGUCCUCUCCAAAUCAAGACAAGAGCAGCUUGCACAGCAAUGGCUUCUCCGUUCCGUGCGACUCAAUCCCUACCACUGGGGGGCAUGGGAGGAAUUAGCAACCCUACUCUCGUCCAUCGACGACCUCAAUACCCAACUUUCGCCUUCUGUCCUACCCCAAAAUCUCAUGAGCAUCAUGUACCAGGCUUAUGCCUCUGUUGACCUCUUCUCCACCAGCGACCAAUCCACAACCUUGAACUAUCUUCGAAUUCUCCUGAACUACUUUCCAAACUCCACAUUCCUACUUACGCAACUCGCACUUAGCCACUACCACGCCAAAGAAUACGAGUCCUCCGCCUCCAUAUUUCAAGAGUUGCUGGUAGCCCACCCUCAUCGUCUGGACGGACUCGACCACUACUCGAACAUCCUGUACGUAAUGGCUGAUCGACCCAAGCUUGCGUUUCUCGCUCACCUUGCCACGUCCGUCGACAAGUUCCGCCCAGAAACAUGCUGCGUGGUGGGAAAUUAUUAUUCUCUUUGUUCACAGCACGAGAAAGCAGUCAUGUACUUCCGACGCGCCCUUACCUUAGACAGAAGCUUUCUCUCGGCAUGGACACUAAUGGGCCACGAGUACAUCGAGUUGAAAAACACACACGCCGCUAUCGAAAGUUAUAGACGCGCAGUCGACGUCAAUCGCAAGGACUACCGUGCUUGGUAUGGUCUAGGUCAAGCGUACGAGGUUCUUGACAUGAACUUUUAUGCAUUGUUCUACUACCAGCGCGCUGCUGGACUGAGGCCAUAUGACCCUAAAAUGUGGCAAGCAGUCGGAUCCUGUUAUGGGAAAAUGAACCGGCUGGAUCAAGCGAUCAGAGCUCUAAAGCGCGCUCUUGUAGCGGGGACGUAUAUUGAAGAUUCCACCUCCGCGCAGUCAAGCUUCAAUGCAAACAGCAGUGUUUCAAGCAAUUUGGCUUCGAGCACAAAACGCGGAAAGUCUACUCCCCAGGCGAAGGCAGACCAACAGAAAGCUAUCCGCAAACUUCUCGACCCAGACAACCUCUACCAAAUCGCCCUGCUGUACGAACGGCUCGGCAGCACCGAGGGCGAGAGAGAGGCAGUGCAUUACAUGGAGCUCUGUAUCGCACAGGAGACGGGAGGAAGCCACAUAAGUGUUGUAAAGGCAGAGAAAGCACUUCGCAAACGUCAGCAGAAAGAAGAUAGAAAGACUGCUGUUGCAGAGGAACGCAGAGCCCGAGUGGCGCAGAUGCGUGCGGCUGGUGGAGGAGAUAUGGAAGUUGAUGCCGGGGAAGAGGCAGCCGGUGCUGACGACGAUACGGAAAUCAUGUCCUCCUCGCCUGCAUCCCCUACUUCGCCAGCAGGGUCUUCACCGUCACCGUCCGACGCCGAAAAUAUCGACGAGAUCGACGCGGCUAGUGGAGGAGACGGCUUUGGCACAGGUACAACUGCCACGACCUCCAAAGCCCGCCUGUGGCUUGCGCGCUGGUGGCUGAAAGCAGGUGACUUAGACCGUGCAGAAAGAUUGGCUGAAGAGUUAUGCAUGGAUGGGUAUGAAGUUGAAGAAGCGAAGGGUCUGGUCAGAGAGGUCAGAGGGAAAAGAGAGGGGCUGUCCAGCGGACGUGGUGCGGGCUUGGAUCUGUUUCAACCGUCGACGACCUGA